UCAAGUAAUGUCAACGGAACCAGUUUUUAAAUUUGAAUUCAGUCGUUGCUCAUUUUGUUAUGAUUAAAUUCUUCAUAAUAAUUUUAUAGAACUCGAUUCAUGUAAUUUGAGAACUGUUGUGCAAGAAAGACCUUUGUAUUUCAAUAUUAGACAGUUGUAAAGCGUCGGACCGAUUUAUUAAGUUUCUCCAUAAUGAGUGUAAUAGAGGAUAAUUGGGAUUUUCAGUUUGAUUUACAUAGUGUCGAGAACGAAAGCUUUCAUGAGUUUCAAGUGAAAGUUGAUAAUGUCAAUGAGCGUGUCGUGAAGUUGUUGGAGGAUGGCUUUAAACCUCAAAACAUAAAUUACAAUUUCAUUAAUACACAAAAUCACGACGGCGAUGAACUUAAAAAUCUCAUAGAUAAAAAUAAACAGCUCCGACAAGACAUUGAUGUUAAAUUGGAAGAUAUUGCACAGCGGCAGUCACGUUAUGAACAUUGUAAACAAGAUCAGAAACUUCUCUCUCAAGAAAUAAAGGAAACACAUGAAGCAUUUUUGAUGGCUAAGAAAUAUUAUAAAAAAUAUUUAAAAAUGUAUUAUACCAUUGAAUCAAGAAGCAAUGAAAAGCAAGCAAUUUUUAUACAGUUCUUUACUGAAUACAAAAAGGAUUCUGAUCAUUAUUCCCUAAGUUUAUCACGAGACUGUAAUUUGGGUAAAUAUGAUUUAAUUAGUAUUACCCCUAAAGUACCUAUAUUUAAAGAAGUACAAAGGAGAUUAAAAGAAACCAAUGACCUACCUGGUGCACUUUACUGUAUAAGACAAGCCUUUAUUCAUAUUAGAUUGAGUAAAAACAAUAAAUAAGUAUGCAUUUUUAUAUUGUAUGAUCUAUUAAUUGUAGGAAUAUAGGCAUUAUUUUUUAAUGAUUUACAUCUAUUUAGCCUUUUGCAGUACAAUAAAAUUUACUGUUAAGGUCAAGUGCUUUCAUGUUGUAUGCACACUUGGCACAUUCAUACAGAUAUGAUCUAUGACUGUAUCUCUGUAUAAAUACAUGCUAUGUAGAGUAUACUAUGAACUGUAAUAUCAAAUUAAUAACAAAGUUAAAAUUGCUUGAUGAUAUAGUUAACAUAAGUAAAUCUGCAGAUAUGCAACAUAUUCCUGAAAAAUUUAACACAUGACUUAUGAUUGGGUUCUAAAUGAAUAUGUAGAAAACCAGAAAUUAUUCCUCUAAUUCCACGUUCUUAGAAGGUAAACCUCUCAUACUAGUGCAGAUAUAUAUAAAUUUGGUAUAAUUAAUUAAACUAGAUCAGAAUUCACUUAAGGCAGAAAUGGGGCGAAAAUUCUGGGUGUAGCAUUUGGAAAGCUUAAUGGUGGCUCCUGUCAAAGAUACCACAAUUGCUGAAGACUAAGAUUAAAGAUCUUAAAGCUAAAAGAAAAGUGUAUCCUUCUGGUUACGAC